CCUUAUUUCAGACACUACUUCCUGAAAGAGACAAAGCAGCAACUACAGCCGAACAAGUACCAACUCCUUUACCAGGCAUGAUAUUUGAAACAACUUUGUGAAGCAACAGAAGGGCCUAAGACAAAAGAAAUACUGCAUUUCUUAGACACACCAUUUCCAGAAAGAGCGAUUUUAACACAAGAUUUCUCUUUUACAUUACUGGAUAUAAUGAAAAAUGUUCCUCUCCAACACAGCCUUUUGAUGGGCAGAAGUUUCUAGGUGCCAUUCCCCCAACAAGCUAUAAGAUGACCACUCCUCAUGAUCAAGCUCAACCUGGCCCUUAUAACACCUCACACCCAGAAGAAUACAAGAUUGCAGCCCUUGUCUUCUACAGCUGUAUCUUCAUAAUCGGAUUAUUUGUUAAUGCCACUGCCUUAUGGGUUUUUAGUUGUACCACCAAGAAGAGAACCACUGUAACCAUCUAUAUGAUGAAUGUGGCAUUACUGGACUUAAUAUUUAUAAUGAGCUUACCCUUUCGGAUGUUUUAUUACGCAAGAGGCGAGUGGCCAUUUGGAGAGUACUUCUGCCAGAUUCUUGGGGCUCUGACGGUGUUUUAUCCAAGUAUUGCUCUAUGGCUUUUUGCUUUUAUUAGUGCUGACAGAUACAUGGCCAUUGUACAGCCAAAAUAUGCCAAAGAACUUAAAAACACAGGCAAAGCCGUGUUAACAUGUGUGGGAAUCUGGAUAAUGACCCUGACGACCACCAUCCCGCUCCUACUGCUCUAUGAAGACCCAGAUAAAGCCUCCACCCCCGCCACCUGCCUGAAGAUUUCUGACAUCAUCCACUUAAAAGCUAUUAACAUGUUGAACUUCACUCGGCUCAUAUUUUUUUUCUUGAUUCCUCUGUUCAUCAUGAUUGGGUGCUAUUUGAUCAUUAUUCACAGUCUCCUUCAUGGAAAGACAUCUAAGCUGAAACCAAAAGUCAAGGAGAAGUCUAUAAGGAUCAUCAUCACACUCGUGGUGCAGGUGCUCGUGUGCUUUAUGCCUUUCCACAUCUGUUUUGCUUUCCUGAUGCUGGAAGGGGAGGAGAACAGUUACAAUCCCUGGGGGGCCUUUACCACCUUCCUCAUGAACCUCAGCACCUGUCUGGAUGUGAUUCUCUACUACAUUGUUUCAAAACAAUUUCAGGCUCGAGUUAUUAGUGUCAUGCUCUACCGCAAUUACCUUCGGAGUGUGCGCAGAAAAAGCUUCCGAUCAGGUAGUUUACGGUCACUAAGCAAUGUCAACAGUGAAAUGUUAUGAAUGAAAAGAAGGUUUUGGUCUUUAAUUUCUUUAUAUUCACUUUACUAACUACUCUAAGGCCAGUGGAUAUUCUGUAUGAUACUACCAAGUCCCUUCCCUCCUGAAAAAAAAACCACACGUAACACUUUUGCGAGAACUUACUACUGUGGCAACAUAAUUAAAUAUUCUGAAGUAUUCUCAUGAACUCAUUAUUUUUAUUUUCAAAACUUGUAUAAAACAUAUUGAGUUACUGGGAGAAAAAUAUCCAAUUUGUAUUUCAUAUUCAAGCCUUAUCUAAAUACAUAGUUGACAACUUUUUGGAUUUAAUUCUACAUGCAAGGAAAUCGUGAUUUCUACAAAGUCAGUAGGAAAAAAAAAUCCACCUUCUUUUCAAAAUACUUCAAAUUUUCUUUUUGAGGGGGGAGAGUGCAAGUGAGGGAGGGGCAGAGAGGGGAACAGAGCAUCCGAAGCAGGCAAUGCACUUACACACUGACAGCGGCAAGCCUGAUGUGAGGCUCCAACUCACAAACCACAACAUCAUGACCUGACCUGAAAUCAGAUGAUCAACAGACUGAGCCUCCCAGGUGCCCCCAAAAUGGUUUAAAUUAUUAAAUUAUAAUUUGAUUAGGGGCACCUGGGUGGCUCAGUUGGUUAAGUGGCCAGCUCUUGAUUUCAGCUCAGGUCACGAUCUCACGGUUCGUGAGUUUGAGCCCCACUUGGGGCUCUGUGCUGACAGUGUAGAGCCUGCUUGGGAUUCUCUCUCACCCCAUCUCUCUCUGCCCCUCCCACAUGCUCUUGGCUCUCUUUCUCUCUCAAAAUAAAUAAAUAAACUUAAAGACUUUUUUUUUUUUUAAUUGUAAUUUUAUGGGCACUUGGGUGGCUCAGUCGGUUGAGCAUCCGACUUCAGCUCAGGUCAUGAUCUUGUGGUUUGUGAGUUUGAGCCCCGCAUCAGGCUCUGUGCUGACAGCUCAGAGCCUGGAGCCUGCUUCGGAUUCUGUGUCUCCCUCUCUCUCUGCCCCUCCCGCACUCAU